UUAGCGAUAGAAAUUAUUGUUACUGUAAAUAUAUACCAUUAUAUUAUCUUCGUAUUCGCGUUUACCAAGUAAUUUAGGUGUAAAAAAUAAUGGCAGGAUCAGUACCCAUAUAAAUAUGAGAUGUAGAAUAUAGAUUUUUUGACAUUUUAUACUCCGUACUUAUUUGGGUGAUUUGCAUUAAUCACCGUUUUUCUACAACUUUUGAAAGUAAAGAAAAAUAGAAGUAUUGAUUUCAAUUAAACGCUAAUAACCAAACGCAUUAUGAUGUAAUAACAAUACGCAAAUGACUCGCGCCUAAUGGCCACAGAUUAAACACACACAGAAAUCGAUUAUUCUUAAAUCGAUCUUACCAAGUCCUUCGGAAAAAACUGCAUUAUUAUUUUAAAAUGGUAGUGGAAUCCAGAAGAUAACAAAUACUCAUAAAGAAUUAACUAAAAAUCAUUAUUUUUGUAACUCUUUUAAUGGCAAAUCAGUAUAUAUUAUAAAAUAUAGUGCAAUCGAUUAUUGAUGAUCUAAUCGACGCACGAUCAUAAUCGUUGGAAUGUCAACGUCAAUUUCAUGACAGCAAUUGUCAGUUUUCAAUGCUCUGUGGUGUCUCUAAUCUCUAUCAUUGUUUUUUUUGGCGGGAAACUUUCGAGGCGGGAGGUUCAACUUUUUCUAUUAAAUAAUAAUUAUUUAAUUUUUAUUGUUAAACUCCAAGUAAACUUCAUUUAUAUUAAGUACUGAAAGUUGACAAUGGGUUCAGAUAGUGGAGGCAGCGAGCCUACACAUGGUAAAAAAAAGAGAAAAGCAAGUCCUCUGGUGGACUUUUCUGAUGAUGAUGAAGAUGUAAAACAUGCACCAUACUUCAAGAAAAAUCACAUAAGGAGCUACCCUGAGAAUUCUCCAGGCACAGUAUUUCCAGUUUACAUACAAAGUACAAAUGAAACAAUUAAAUUUGGAAAUAAAAAUCCUAUCUAUUUAAACAAUAUAUUCAGUCGGUACAAUAAAGGUGUGAAAGAAAUCAAAAGAGUCAAUGCUUUGCGGUAUGCUGUUAUCUUUGAUAAUGCAAAGAAUGCAAAUUCUCUGUUGUCUAAUUCCUCUUUCUUGUCAUUGCAUGAAAUUAAAGCUUUCAUCCCAGCUGCAACUUCAGAAUGCAUAGGAAUUAUUAAAUAUAUCCCUGUUGAUCUCAGCUGCAAACAUCUUUUUGAUAAACUUAUUAGUUCCCAGGAAAUAUUGGCUGUACGCAGAUUUACUAGACGAACUCCUGAUGGUAUUGUCCCGUUGCAGACUGUUUCAGUGACAUUUGCAGGUAAUGUACUGCCCGAACGUGUGAACUAUGGUCUAUGUCUUGUACCUGUAGAGGAAUAUAUUAAGCCAGUGUUACAAUGCUAUAAAUGUAUGGGUUUUGGUCAUACUACAAAGUUUUGCAAACGUAACAUUGUAUGCUCAAUAUGUUCAGAGUCUCAUUCAUACAAAGAAUGCACCAAUACAAAUAAACCACUGUGUAUCAAUUGCAAAGGUGAACAUAUUGCCGUGGCUGGGACUUGUCCAGUUAAACUACAGAAAAUUAAUGAAAAUAAAAGUAAAAUAAUGAACAGAAAUAAUUUGGGAUCGUUCUUUCCUGCACUGAAUAAGUCUUAUGCCAAGGCAAGUAGUUCUAAACCUUUAAAUGUACCUAAUGAAAAUAACAAAGCUCAGAAUAUUUUAACCGACGUUAUUAAUAACGAAAAACACAAUAUCCAAAGCCUUAAACCUAAGUUGGCUUUUGUUUGCGAGCUAUUAAAUUCACUAAAAGUAGAUAUUUGCAUACUUAAUGAAACUUGGUUGAAACCGACAGAUUUAAUAAGAAUUAGAGGUUAUACAAUUUUUCGAAGAGACAGUGACAAUGGAUACGGCGGUGUUGCCAUUUUAUGUAGAAAUCAUAUUCAGUGUUCUGAAAUAUUUACUCAUAGCACCGAUAAAAUUCAGACUGUAGCUUUAAAUGUUCAAAUUUCUCAAAAUGAUCGUUUUGCAGUUCUUGGUGUAUAUUGUCCUCCUCGUAGUGGUCGAUUUCCUAUAAACAUUUUAAAAGAAACUAUCCAGUCAAUCAGAUCACCGAUGUUAGUGAUGGGUGAUUUUAACGCCCAUCAUACAGCAUUCGGAUGCUCUAACAAUAAGCCUCGAGGCAUACAGAUUUAUGAUAUGUUAGAUGAACUUAAUAUGUACAUACUAAACGAUGGUCAAACUACGACACUUGCUCGUCCGAAUCAAAUUGCAUCUGCUAUUGACAUUGCAUUUAUAUCACCUACUCUAGCACCAUCAGCAGAUUGGUCUGUUUACAAUGAAGAUACACUAGGAAGUUAUCAUUUUCCCACAAUAGUCAAUUUAAACAUUGAUCAUAAUAUAUAUGACAAUUCUUAUCGUACAGAAAAGUUUUUAUACAAAAAAGCGGACUGGACAGGCUAUACAAUUAAAUCUGGUACUUACUUUACUGACAUAAAAUACGAACAAGAACCCCUUCUAGCAUAUGAUAAAUUCUGUAUUUUAUUAGAUAGAUUAAGAAAUGAGUUUAUUCCUGUACAUAAAAUUGAUAGCAAUAAUAAAUCAAAGCUUCAUAAACCAAUGCCUUGGUGGAAUGAAUCCUGUUCGAAUGCAGUGAAAGAGGCUAGAUUUGCUUUACAGAUGUAUAGACGGUUUCCAUCUAUAGAAAAUUAUUUACUAUAUAAGAAAAUAGAAGCGUCGAAAAAAUUAAUAAUUAAACAGGAGAAGGCAAUAAGUUGGAAAAACUUAUGCUCUAGUUUUGAUAGAAAUACACCAAUUAGUUGCAUUUGGAGAUUUGUUAAAAUUCUUAAUCACAAAAAUUCAUCACCGAAAGCCAGAGAUGAAACGUUUUUACAAGAUUUUUUACAGAAAAUUGCUCCCUAUCAACCUCCAGUUAAUACAGAUCAAUUAAAAUAUUUUUUUCAAUAUAAUGAAUUCAAUUCUCACCUUGCAUUACCCUUUUCACAAGCAGAAUUUAACUUGUCUUUAACUAAUAAAAAAGAUACCUCCCCAGGUUUAGAUAAUAUACCUUAUAUUUUAAUAAAACGUCUUGAUCCAAACGCUAAGUCUAUUUUAUUAAAAGUUUUGAACGAUUUAUGGAACAACGGGUUAAUACCUGAAACAUGGAAAGUUAUUACAGUUGUCCCUAUUUUAAAACCAGAUAAAGAUCCUAAGUGUGCUGAUUCAUAUCGUCCCAUAUCUUUAUCAUCAUGUGUGAGUAAAAUCUUUGAAAAUAUGCUAAAAACAAGAAUAGAAUUGUAUGCAGAGUCUAGAUUAAUUUUACCCCAUGAUCAAUUCGGAUUUCGUAAAGGCCGUAGUACAAUAGAUAGCAUAUUAAAAUUUUGCGGUGACAUACAGGAUUCGUUUGAUCAUGACAGUUAUUUAGUUAGUACUUUUCUCGAUGUAAGUGGAGCUUUUGAUAACGUUGAUUUAUCAACCUUAGUUGAAAUACUACACAGCUUCAAUAUACCUGGCAAAAUUUGUAAAUGGAUUUUUAACUUCUUUUACUCCCGAACAGUUUUCAUUAAGUUUAAUAACAGUUUACAUGGUCCUAAAACGGCUUUCAAGGGCUUACCGCAAGGAGCGACAUUAUCACCUUUAAUAUAUUUAUUAUAUACAUCACAAAUUCAUAGAUUUGUAUCAAUCCCACAACUAUCUGUUCUUCAGUAUGCUGAUGAUAUUGUGUUGUAUACAUCUAAUAAGAACUUAUUACAAGCAGAAUCAACUUUAAAUGAAGCAUUACGUCACUUUCAUUCGUAUUACAAAGACAAAUUAAAAUUAGAUAUUAAUCCAAAUAAAAGUUCUGUUCUGGUAUUUAAUAAGAAAAAUGAUUAUUUAAAUUCUGUAAAUAUUGUAUAUAGUUCAGUAAAUAUUGCGACUGUCCAAGAAAAAGUGUUCUUAGGUUUAGUGUUUGACACGAAACUUAAUUUUGAUCGUCAUGUAAAUAAAAUUGUCUGUAAAAUGCAGAGGUCUGUAAAUAUAAUGCGACAUUUAGCUAGUGUAACUUGGGGAAUGGAUCCUAAAAUUUUGAAUAUUUUAUAUAAAGCAAUAGUUAGAAGCCAUUAUGAUUAUGCAUUAGUAGCUUAUGGAAAUUAUAUUAAUUCAACUUUGUUUCGUAAAUUAGAAAUCAUACAAAAUAGGGGCCUAAGAAUUAUUACAGGAGCUAUCUGUUCCACGCCUAUAAACUCUCUAGAAAUUGAAGCAGGCAUACCUCCUAUAUAUGUCAGAUUUCGGUAUCUCUUUGAAAAAAUGUUUAUAAGAAUUUUAGCAAAUAAAAUGUAUUGUUAUAUGUAUGAAUGUAAUCAAUCUUUACAAUGUGAAUAUUUGAAGGAAUUGAAGUUGAUAUGUAAACACAUAGACCAUAGGGUUAAUUGGGAUUUCAGUACAACAGAAAUUCAUUUGACUACUCCUAAAGUUUGUCAUGUUAGAAUUGUAAACAAUACGGAGUUUCUAAGAUUCAUAGACACUGAAAAACCUGCACAUCGCAAAAUUUACACAGAUGGUUCGAAGACAGAAAAAAAUACGAAGGCUGCAUAUUAUGAUUCAAAAGCUAAAUUUGGAAGAUGUUUUAGUUUGGACAUAAACUCAUCUAUAUUUACAGCUGAAGCUUAUGCCAUUUAUACCGCUUUGCAAUAUAUUAGAGGAAUCAGAGAUAACAAAUAUUUUUUGAUUAUAACCGACUCCCUUAGUGUCCUUACAUGUCUGGAGAAUGUAUCUAUUUCGUAUAAAAAUAACACAUACAUCACAAAAAUCAGAGAGCUACUAAUGGAAAACCUAGACAAAGAAAUUGAGUUCUUAUGGGUACCAUCUCACUCAGGAAUAACAGGCAAUGAAACUGUGGACAAACUAAUGAAAAUAGAACAUCCAAUAUUAAAUAACAAUCCUUAUCUUGCACCUCCAGUCCCGCUGACAGAUUACAAUGCUGUUUUGAAGUGUCGAAUGUAUCACCAUUGGCAUGAAAUGUGGGAAAACACAAAACUUUAUAAAGGAAAUUGGUAUGCCCAAAUUCAAAAAAGAAUUCCACCCAAGCCUUGGUAUUUCAAAUGGAAAUUUCCGUCAAGAAAGUUCAUCACUACAAUUAAUAGAUUGCGAUUUGGCCAUGGCAAAUUCCCAGCACACUUGAAGAGAAUUAAGAUUGUUUCGUCGGAUAUAUGCGAGUAUUGUGAGUCAACAGCAGCUACAUUAGACCAUUUGAUUCUGCAUUGUCCUGCCUUUAAUGUCCAAAGGUUGCUUCUAGUAGAUGGCCUAAUGAAGAUAUAUAAAGACGAAGACAUACCCCGCCUCUUGCCAUCGCUACUAGAAAAUGAAGAUACUAUUGGAAUACCUUUUUUUGCGCUAACCGUUUGCGAAAAGACGCUUGUUUAUUGUGAUUUUGUGAAAUCUGUUAACAUGUCUCUUCGCUGCAUUAACUGUGAUAUUCGAGUUACUCGAAUUAGACGACACUUACUUUCGAAUGAAAGUGAGGCUCUUAGAGAAGUUAUAAGACUGUGGACAUAUCCCAGAGAAAUCACAAAUGCUGACUACAUUUGCCAUGCAUGUUGGGAACUAGCAAAUGCUCAGACUACUGAUAAUGUACCAAAUCAAGACAGGCAAGUUGGGCAUCAAAACAUUUGUGUAGGAUGUGGUCGUUCCAUUUUGAGACUUAGUUCUCGCAUAAUACUGCGAGAAAAUCCCGCAACUGAAGAAGGCCCAAUAGUGGAUAUUAUAUCACAAUGGAUACAUCCAAGACAGCUUACAGCAAUGGAUCAAGCGUGUACUGCGUGUUGGUUAAGGGCUCAGAGGACUCUUCGUCGUCAGCAAUGUGUUGAUGAGGCCAGAGUGAAUAUUGAAGAAUCAGUGUCUUGUAUUAAUUGCAAUGAAGAAUUGUUACAUGGCAGUGGCCACAUUUUGUUAAAUGAAGAUGAAAAUCUCACCAACAUGAUUAAAAACUGGGCAUAUCCAAACACUACGGUUGUUAGGUUAAAAGUCAAUAUGGAAUCUGACCCUCCUGACCCCCCAGAUCCACCAGACAUCGAAUUUGUAUCUCCACCUAUGUUCUCUCAAUCUCAUUCUUUACCGGAUAAAGUUGACUCUCGGAAACAUAAGUUACCGACGGAAUCUACCUCAGGUUUAGACAAACGUACGAGAAACGACAAUGAUAUAGACACUUCAGUUUCAGUUCAAACAAUUUACACACACCCUAGCCUUUCGCAAGUCCGUAAAUAUGGCCAAGACGAUCGUGGUCCCUUUGUUGUACACGUCAGUAGGUCUGAACCUGACCCUGCUGCUGGUACUACUAUCCGUCCUAUUAAAUUUGGUCAAACUGUACAUAAACAUGGCAUCAAAAAUAUAGUGAAAGGUGGCAUUAGGAACGUAGGAAGAAAUAGGAUUGAAAUAGAAUUUACAACCGGUUUGGAAGCUAACAAAUUUGUAUCCUCAGACUUUAUUAUUCGGCAUAAAUACAAGGCAUCUAUACCAACAUAUAACAUAACUCGUAUGGGUGUUGUUAGAAACAUUCCUGUCGACUGGUCUCUUGAUGAGUUUAUUGAAUCAGUUGAUCUGCCGGAGACAAGUGGGAAAAUCCUCAAAGCCAGAAGACUGAAUAGAAAAACCUAUGUAAAUGAUAAAAUUACUUGGACCCCUACUCAAACAGUAGUACUUACGUUUGAAGGGCAGCUGCUCCCUAAGAGAAUAUAUUGCUACUCAACUUCUCUUCCUGUAGAAACAUACCAGCUUCCGACAAUUCAGUGCCAUAAUUGCUGUAGAUUCGGCCAUAUUAAAACUCAGUGCCGAUCCAAACCCAGGUGUUAUCGUUGUACCAAGGAACAUUCAGGAGAAAUCUGUCCCAUUGUUGAAAGUUGUGCCACCUGUUUACACUGCUCUGGUGGUCACUUUGCCACAGACAGAGGAUGCCCAGAGUUUGCUAGACAACACAAUAUUAAAAUUAUAAUGUCACAAGAAAAUGUCUCAUAUUUGGACGCUUCUGCCCGCUUUGCCCCUGUACGUCGCCCUUAUUCUGAUGUAUCGAAAUCCCCUAAAGCCCCCACAUCAUUACAACCCCAGACUCUAGAAAUCCAAUCCUACUCUCAUUUACCUUCCUCAUCUAUUUCAUACCGCAAAACUAUCCCACUCCCUCCUAGGAAAAGACCCUCUCUCACCAAAGGAUAUGAUCAAUCUGCUCACCAAGCCGUUAUAUCUGAACCCCCUCCCACGAUACCUAACGGCAGUAAUUUAGAAAAUCCAUACUCUUCAUCUAGUGAUGACAGAUUCUUAGAACACAUUAUUUCUCUACUUACAGACAUACUUUUCAGAUUUAAUGACGCCUUACCGCCCAACGUUGCACAAAAACUCAAUAUCUUAACUAGUCUUCUACCCAAAAAUGGCUCCAUCACCGCCAAUGACGAACACCAGCCACUUUCUACAAUGGAACAGCCAGAAGCCCGAUUCCGGGUACGUGGCUUUGCCUGCCUCAGGGAUGACAAAGCUGAUGGUUAUGAUGGUUGUGCCCUACUAAUCAAACAAAACCUCACUUAUUACAAACUUCCUAUUCCUCCCCACAAUGACCUAUUUAAUAUCAUAGCAACAAGAGUAAUGAACAUUACUUUUGUUUCUAUUUAUUUACCUCACCCUCAUAUCUCCAUCAUUUCUGAUUUAGAAGCAACGCUUAAAAACUUACCUAGUCCUGUAAUAAUUCUGGGUGACUUUAACACUCAUCAUACAUCAUGGGGAUCCUACUACUGUGAUUCAUUCUCUCCUCAUUUAAUAGAUUUAUUUCAUGAACUAGAUGUGUGUAUCCUAAAUGAUGGUAGCCUAACCAGAAGAGUAUACCCCAAUCAAGACCCGAGGUCAGCUGUGGAUCUUUCAAUGUGUUCUACAUCUUUGGCUCCCCUUCUAUCAUGGAAGUCAACAUUGGAAACCUAUGGUAGUGAUCAUUUCCCCUUAAUAAUCUCCAAACCUGACACCUGCAUCCCAGCUCCUUUUAUUCCUUCAUUCCGCAAAUUCAAUACGCGUAAGGUAGAUUGGAUCAAGUUUUCAGAAGAUGUGGACAGACAACUGAGCCUUCUAAAUGUCAAUCACAGACCAGACAUUGAGGAAUUGUAUUCUUCUUUCACAGACGCAUUAGUGACGGCGGCUACUAGUAAUAUUCCAAUCAUUCGUUCAUCAAAACGUAACCUAUCAUCUCCCCCGUGGUGGGACGCCGAAUGUUCAGAAAUAAUAAAACUUAGAAAACGAGCAGAAAUAAAUUAUAAUCUGAACAUGUCCACGGAAAAUUUUAUUAUUUAUAAACAAAUAUCGGCUAAGGCUAAACGCCUUUUCAAAAACAAAAAAAAAUCAGGAUGGCAUAGUUUUUGUGAAAGUCUUUCUCCAUCAACAGCUCCUUCUAAGGUUUGGCGUAGUAUUAAACGCUUCCGUGGUUCUUUUGUCGGUCCCUCUCCAUCAUCAAAUGAUCCCACCAUAUGGUUGGAAUCAUUUGCUAAUAAGUUGGCUCCUCCCUUCGUUCCAUUUGAAAUUGAACAGCCGCCCCUCCCCCAUCCUUCAAGCCAGAUUCAGGAUAGAUUUGACUGUGAAUUCUCUCUGGCUGAACUUAACUUGGCUUUAAAAAAUCUAAAGGAUUCUUCUCCAGGGGAAGAUCAUAUUCCUUACACAUUUGCUUCGCAUCUCAGCUCGACCGGAUUAACAUUUUUACUUAACUUAUAUAAUUACAUACUGAAUACGGGGACUAUCCCCUCAUCGUGGAAAUCACAAAUUGUUAUCCCAAUCUUGAAACCAUCUAAAAACCCUAUUGAUGCCUCAUCAUACAGACCCAUAGCCUUGUCUUCUACACUUUGCAAAAUUCUGGAACACAUGAUUAAAAACAGGUUAGAAUGGUUGGCCGAGAAUAGGGGACUAUUGGCUAAGAGUCAAUCGGAUUCCGUAAAGGAGACCGUAUGUCAACCACCGCGCUGCGGUCAUGCCACAGAUAACGGGGUAGAUGACGAUGCUCGCGUUGCGGUGGCACGACAGACGAGUGGUUUGGUAGGUCAGUUAAGAUCCGUUUUCACAACCAUGAACUCUCUCCGAGAACUGUUUGGCAAGGCUUACCUCAGGGCUCUGUCCUGA